CCAAAUUCAAAAGCGAAAGAGAAAAACCAAAAAGCGCAAAGUCAACAGAAAAGAAAAGAGUAAGAAACCAAAUGAUAUCGGAAAAUUCACAGGCAGCACCACGUGGUUUGUGACACUUAUGGAGCGGCGGAUGAAUCUAUCGUUCGCCGGCUGCGGCUUCUUGGACAUCUACCACGUGGGCUUGGCCGUGUGCCUCAAGAAGCACGCCCCCCAACUGCUCCUGGAGCGGAUUGGGGGUGCCUCGGCCGGGGCCCUAGCCGCCUGCUGCCUGCUCUGCGACCUGCCCCUUGAGACAAUGGCCGCCGACUUCCCGCGGGUGGUGGGCGAAGCGCGUCGACACCCGCUGGGCCCCUUUAGCCCGUGGUUCAACCUGCAGAGAUGCCUACUUGAGGGGAUGCAGCGUGAACUGCCCGAAGACGCGCACCGGAGGGUCAGCGGGCGGCUGCGCAUCUCACUGACGCGGGAUGUCAAAAAUUGAAACCCAAGUGGCCGCUGCUCUGGAGAGCUGCUACGAGCAGAUCCGCUGCCUUGUGAACAGCGCCCUGUCGCAGGAACAGCAGCCGGAUAUGGACGAGGCUACCUUGGCAAGCCUGAAGAGCCAGCUGAUGCAGCUCAGCCACAAAACCUCACCAGUGCGCAGUCUCAUGGCCAAGCGCUUCGAUCUCUUUGUCCGUGUGUCGUUGCGCGCCGACAACCACAUUCCACCACCGCCCGCCGGCUUCAAGGAAUUUGAGGAGGAGCUGACUGCACUUAUAUCGUCGCUACUGCGCUUGAUAUCCUACAAUCAUGCUGUCUUUGGGGAUCAGUUCUUCAAAAUCUUGGGAAAGACAACUCCCAGCGCUCCGGAGUCGACGUCCGAGCUUGCCGCAGCCACCCCUAUUAGUGGCAUUGCACAGGUGGCCAACCCUUAAAAAAGGUAAUGUGGGACCCUGGACCUGGACCUGGACCUACAGACGCCGAGAAAAAAAAAAAAUAAAUGUUAACACCCAAAAAUGACAAAGAAGGAUGCCGCGAAAAAAGGAAUGUCUACUGGUAUUAUAGCACUGGAAACGCUAUAGACCCCGAAAACUGGAAAAGGAGAAGUGAGGAUGGUGACUAGGAGAAGGAAACCCCGUGCCCAUUGAUCUGAACUAUCCAUUCUUAGCUCUUUAAAUAUGUAUAUUCAAAAAGAUAAAUAUCUUUGAUUUGGAUCAUCAUUUAUAUAAUUUGAAAGUCAAUCAACAGACACACUUGCAAACACCAAGAAACCAAACACCACACCCGAGAUCCGAGAUCCGAAAAGGAAACUGUGCUGGAGCCUCUGUGAUAAGAUGGAAUAUAUAAAAUGUAAAGUAUGCAUAUAGUACAUGUGGGGCUAUAUGAACACUGGCUCGCGUGCUCUUCACCCAACUCUGACAGCAUCAGAACGGUCUAUAAUUAAUCAUAUAUUGUUUAAUACAUACCUAGUAUACUUAUGUAAUACCUAAUCUAGCAUUAAGCCCGAUUCAAAUUGUAACCCCUCUGAUUGUUAGUCGAAUGUAGUUGCAGGUUCUAUUGAUCUGGUGUGCUCGCUGGCAAGAGUCCUGAGAGGAGUAGGUAUAGGACUAUGAACCGAUAAUGAUUACUCACAAACUUACAUAUUUAUUACACAUGAAUGCAUCAUACAUAUAUAUGCAUCUAUUCAAAUAUUCGUAGUUAAGUUUUAUGCAAAUUGAGCUAAAUCCUGACUCACAACGAUUAAAUAAAAGUUAUUCAAUUCGA